AUGGUCAAUAGCAAAAUUUACUAUAAGUUUAAAAGUGAAAAGAAAUUUAAGGACCUUACACAUGAAUUUCCGGCUUUAGUUUCACAUGUUAGGUCGAAACUCAGAGAAAUUCUGGACAUUGGGGAAGAUAUGGAUAUUUUAGCCACACCAAGUGAUAAGAACGGCCGAGUUUCAAAUGUAUACCUUUCAGAUUAUGAUAUUAUAAAAGAGGGAACAUAUGUAAAUGUUGUUAGGCUACCUAAGGACUUAGCAAAAUCUCUUUUGGAAGCAGCAAAUUCAAAAAUAAAGAAUAAGCCUCAAAAUACGUCAUUACAAACACCAAAUACCGCUACUUCAGCUACUGCUCCAUCAAAUACUUCAUCUUUGAAAGACUCAACUAUAAUAUACCCUUCAUCCACUAUUGAUUCAGUUCCUAAUAGUGGAGAAUUUACAAAAGGAGGGGAAAACAAGGAUGAUAUUCAUAGCUCAGCCUCAACUAGUGCAAAUUUAUCGAAUAAUUCAAAAAAUGAUUUAUCAGAAGAUGCUGCCAUUUUGUCAGUAAUGCAACAGCAUGGAGAGAAAUUCAAACAGACAGCAGCUCAAAGAAGCGAAAUGUUAGAACAAUUUAAUCAAAGAGGAUAUUCAAAGGCCUCAACUGCAACGGGGGGUAGAUAUGGAGUUGGGAAUGCAACAAGUACCAAUUUUCCUGGAACUACCUCAUUUAGAAGUGAGCCUUACAAAAAGCCAGGAGCUGUUGGAACAGGUCCUGUCAAUACUGGAGCAUCAAAUAGUUAUUCUGGUGGACAAAUUUAUAAUACCAAUUUUGGAUCUGCAUCUGCUUCAACUAAUUAUAAUUACAAGAAUGCAAUGGGUAACACAUCAACUGACGUCCCUGCAGAUUAUAUUUGUCAUAUGUGUGGCGAGAGGGGACAUCAUAUUCGUGUUUGUCCCAAAGUUAAUGAAGGAGUAUCUCAGAAAAAAAUUAGGCCUGCCACAGGAAUUCCUAGAAGCUUUUUAAGAGCUAUUAAUUUUGAUGAAGAAGGUAGGCUUUAUUCAGAAGUUUAUUGCCUUCCUGACGGUACAUUUGCUGUGCUAAAAGAUGCAAAACAGCUUUCGAGUACGGCCUUUCUUACUAGAACUGUUGAAGAUACUAUUGGAAAGCAUAUGGGUAAAUCAAAGGAAGAUACCAGUCUUGUGCGAGACUCAUUAACUUGCCCUAUAUGUGCGAGACUCUUUAGAUACGCAGUUUUGACUCCAUGUUGUGGUGAAACAUACUGUCAGGAAUGCAUCAUUAACUUUAUUAGGAAUCACAUGGAUGCUGCCUCAGGAAUUUCACCCAAUACUAUCAAGGGUUAUUGUCCCCAUUGCUCAACUGUGAUUUCUAUUGGAGAUCUUGAACCUAAUAACCCAAUACGGAAAAGUGUAAAUGUUGCUCUUGGGUUACAACCAAUUUAA